AGCGCCUCCCAGAGUACUCCACUGAGUGAAUCGGAUUCGACGGACUUAUCUCAUGUUCCCCGUUUCGAUAUGGACCUAGUUGCUGGAAUGAAGGUUAUGCUCAUGGACCUCCAAAGAAACCUAAACAAUGCGGCAGAACAGGCUAGUGAUUCCAUCGAAACCUUCAGUAAAGGAGUAGAAAGUGAAUGGGCGGAGUUUUUGAAUAGAAUCGAGACCCGAUGGGAAAACUUUGUAGACGCUAUUGAAGACUACGUGGAAAGUUUCUACGAGCGAGUCUCAGACGUUAGCGACACCAUAAGAUCCUGUGUUGAUGAAAAUAAAGAAACAGCUGAGGAAAUGUACCAACAAACACUGGAGAGCGUGAAAGCAUGUGGCAGCAAUCGCGUAGAAGCCAUCAGCCAGAUGAUAACCAGUCUGGUGGUCCUCGCUGACAACUCCAGUGAUGUCGUCGAAGAAGUACUAUCAGAGGUGGACCUUUGCUACAACACGACGGGGAACGAAGUUAUUCCGUUGGCGCAGUGUCUAGCCGCCGUUGUGGUGGAUGCCGAACUUAAAGCCACAGGUUUCUUGACUCAAACUGGAUAUCAAGUUUGGAUGAUAAACCUCUCUCUGGCCGCGUUGCCUGCCGCUUUAGAGGUGUGCGCGGGCAAAGGACUGAUCGAUGCAGGCGUCGACACAGGAACCAUCUUUGGCGAGAUAGCCUCGUGCUUAGCUUCCUCAGCAUACGAAUAUUUCACUGGUAACAGUACGAUGGCCCACAAAAAAUUUAACUCCACUCUAUUCCACACGCUUAAACUGUAAAUAUCACUUCAAUAAACGAUUCAGCAUCAU